AUGCCGAUGGACGGGAAGGUAGCGGCGAACGGUGGUAGUAACAAAGGGAGUAGCAGUUUGAGCGCGGCGGCAUCCCCCUCUGUGGUGGGCGCGAUGGGCAGCACUGUGGGAAGCACCAUGGGAAGCACUAUGGGGAGCGCUUUUACUGGCAGCAUGAACGGUGCGGUUGUCAACCCGAUGAGCAGCUCCGUUGGUAGCCCCAUUAACAACACCAUUGUGAACCCGAUGAACAACAGCCUCCUGAACGCAGUGGGCGCUGCAAGGACGAGCAGCAUAAACGGAAGCAACGUGGUACGUGCGGGCAGCUUAAACGGCAUGAGCAACGUCCUUGGGAAAGGCAAUAGCAACAAGAGUGGCAGCAACAGCAGCGGGGCAAACAUGGGCCCGAUGAAGAGCCCGCCAAGUAAUGACUCGAGCAUUUUAGCCAACAAUUUGGUGAACACUGUGGUGAACACCGUGGUGAACACGUUGGCGAGCAGUGCCGUGGUGAACACCAUGUCGAAUGGGAGUCACGGGGGUGUCAGCCACAGCGGCGCCAACCUGGGGAUCAACCCCGUGACGAAUGGAAGCAGCAACCCGCCAGCAAAAGGGUCCGCCUCGCCUGCAACCGGCGAAGUAGUGAAGAAGAAAGUAGGAAGACCCAAAGGAGCCUCUUCAGCAAAUAAAGUCAUAAAAAAGGAAGAAAAAGUUUCGACGUCUUCGUCCGGUUACCCAGGGGUCAGUUGGAACAAGCGGAUGUGUGCCUGGCUAGCUUUUUUCUACGAUGGGGCAUCUAGAAGAAGUAGAACCUUUCACCCCAAGCACUUUAACAUGGAUAAGGAAAAGGCCCGUCUAGCAGCAGUAGAAUUUAUGAAGUCGCUAGAAAAUAACGGAAGAAAAAAAUCGACCAAAAAUAAAACAGAGAGGAAUAAAACGAAGCAAUUAAAUGAGGAGAUGCUUCAAGGGAUGUUGGGUAACGAUGUGGCCAGUAGCUUAAAUGGAAGAGCCCCCAAUGGAACGCCAAUCCCUAUGCAGCUAAUGUCAUUAAAUCGCGGGUUCUAUAUGCAGAACAUGAAUAGGAAUUUCAACCUCCAAGGGAUGUCCCCAAAUGAUAGAAGUGGUAUGAGCGGUACGUACAACUCGUUAGGUAACACGUCAAAUAUGGGAGGCAUGGCCCAAAAUAUGCAAGACCAGGGAGGGAUGUAUAUUCAUAAUGGGGGAGCUACUCCCACCAUGUUUGGAGGCAACAUGCACAUGUUGAGCAGUGCCAAGAGUAACGUAAACGGGGGUAGCAACAAUAGCGGUGGAGGCAGCGGUGGCAACGGCAGCGGAAGCGGCGGUGGUAAUAAUAUGCUCUACCUGAACGACUUGAUGUUUCAUUCGAAUGUUAUGCAGGCAGGGGGAGCAGCGGGGGGCGGUGCUGGAAGCGGAAAUGCAGGGAAUGCCUCCAAUGGAGGGAGCGUAAACUUCGUUGAUAGAAAUCUGAGCAGUACCAAUGCUGCCAUUGAGCUUCUAAAACUGGAAGAGAAUUUAGGGUUACACAAUAAAGACGUAGAAACUUUAAUGAAUGCCCUUUUUAGGCAAAAUUAUAAUAUGAAUAUGGGCAUGGCCAACUUAGAUAAGCACCAGUACUUGCAUAGCAGUGGGAAGAACAAUGGCUCUGGGCAGGGGGGUAUGAAGGCAUCUGCGAACAGCCCCAACGGAGGGGUUAACAGUGCUAAUGCUAAUGGUGUGAAUAGCUCUAACGGGGUGAACCCCAUUGGGAGUAGCAACAACCUCCCCAACAGUAACGCCUCGGCCAAUUCGAUGAAUGGCAGCGGGUCCCCCGGCCCCCACUUGUAUAUGCCCAACCACGGUGCGGGUGAUGUGUUCGAAAAUGGGAACGACUCAAGCAACGCGGUCAACGCGGCUAAUAUGGCGAACAUGGCGAACAUGGCCAGCAUGGCCAACAUGGUUAGCUUGCCUAACAUGGCCAGCCUACCCAAUAUGGCCAGCCUACCCAAUAUGGCCAGCCUACCCAAUAUGGCCAGCCUAUCAAGCAUGGCCAAUCUAUCCAAUAUGAGUAAUCUCUCUAAUAUCGCUAACCUAUCUAAUAUGGCUAGCCUGCCCAAUAUGGCGAACCUACCCAAUAUGGCCAACAUGCCGAACUAUUAUGACUACAAUUUUGACCCUUAUCGGGGGAAUAUUUCCCCCCAUUUGAUCGACAUGGUGCACCGGUUGAACAGCGACAUGAAGGAUGGCAGUGGCAGUAAGGGUGGCGGAGUGGCUGCCGCAGGUGGAGUGACUUCCAUAGCUUCCGUACCUGGAGGGGACGGCCGAAGUGACGAGGUGAACGAGCUAAAUUUCUGCUCCCCGGAUAACGCCUCCUGGAUCAACCAACUGAAGCAUUCUCAGAAUAACCUCUGCAACAAUUUAAACAACAACCCUUGUGAUUUAUGUGACCCUAGUAGUGGCUCGCCUGAGUCGAAUUUGGCCAAGAAGAUAGACAUGGGUGCCCGGAAAAAGGGAGCCAAUAAUAUGCUCAGCAUGUCAAACGGGAAGGGCGAGAUGGGGGUGGACCCCGGUGCGAACGCAGCUGCGCAACAUGUCAGCGGCGAUGGGAGUGGCGGCGCAAACGGGAGAAGCGGCGGGAACGGCAGUGGGAAUGGGGGCAAUGCCAAUUUCGACAUGAGCGGCAAUUCGCCUUGCCAAUGCCCGCCCCACCUGAGGAACCAGAAGAAGCACUACUGCGUGUAUUACAACCCGGCCAAUUCGAACGCCGCGAACGAUGGGAGUUACAGUUAUAUGGCACCGUGGAAUGGCAGCAACUCUAACUCGAGUAGCAACCGAAUGAAUGGCCUCGACACUAACAAUGACAGUUCGAUUGAUGGAAACCACAUUCCGGGUAACGGCGCUUCGAGCAGUAGUGGUGCCCUAAAUUUGGGAUCCCCCAACAGUGUCGUCCUUUGCAUGCCAACAAAUAAUAACCAGAUGAAUUCUCUUGCGCAAAAUGCAACAAAUAUGGCGGCGAACAUCGAAAUGAAUGCUAAACAGAGCUCCCACUCCUCAUCUGCCUUUUCUGGAACUCCUAAUAUGCAAGACAUUCAGAAGCAGUUGCAUUUCCAGCCCCAGUCAAGCAUCGGUACAUCUGCGCCAGAUUUGCAUAAUGCCCUACAAAUGGCCAAGCAGGCGAAUGGCUUUGCGCAAAAGGGUCUCACCGGUGGUAACACCAAUGGUGGCGCGAACAAUAGCGGCAGUGGUGGGAGCAGCAGUGGAGGCUCAAAUCCUAUGACUGCUACUGCCAAUGGAGCGGCUGCGCAGAAGAAAAGGGGACCGAAGGAUGGCCGUAAGGUCGUGUUACCCCAGGUAGCGGUAGGAGCAAUGGGUGCAGCACCGGGGGUGGCACCUGGAGUAGCAGAGGGAGUAGCACCUGGAGUAGCAGAGGGAGUAGCACCUGGAGUUGCAGUAGGGGCGGCACCUGGAGUUGCAGCGGGAGUAGCACCUGCCGCAGCGGAGGGCGCAGAAUCUUCACUUGCUAUGAACCCACAGGCGGCGCAGAACGGAAAGAAGAACGCGGUGAACCUGAAUUUCGCCGACCACAACAAUUUGUGCACCAAGCUGAAUAGCAUAAUAAACUUCGAGUGGCUCAGCCCCGACGCGAAGGCGCACCCGAAUAGGAAUAAGCAGGGCGCGUUCGAGAACGGCGACGCGUGA